AUGCUCCCCAGCCUCACCCCGCGUCCCCUGCUCCGCCUCGCCCGCCACCCGCUCGCCCGCACGGUCCACGCUGUCGCCGCACAAGGCUUCACCCACGCCGACGCGUACGACGCCGCGCGCCCGUCCUACCCCCCCGCAGCGCUCGCCCUCGUCCGCGCGCUCUUGCCGCCCGCCGCGCGCGUCAUCGAGCCAGGGGCGGGGACGGGGAUAUUUUCGCGUCUCCUCGCCCAGGGGGGGGUGCGCGCGCUCGUGGCUGUUGAGCCUAGUAGCGAGAUGCGGGCGGCGUGGGCGCGGGGGAUGCGGGGGAAACAGGGGGAUAAGAUUGAGGGGAAGCAGGAUGGGAAACCCGACCUCCGUUGUGUCGAUGGCGGAUUCGACAAUCUCUCCCGGACCGGAUGGGGGCGCGGCGACAAGGCCGAAGCCGACGCCGUGAUCAUCGCCCAGGCGUGGCAUUGGUGUAUGGACUAUGAUCGGGCGCUGGCAGAAAUCGCAGACUACCUCAAACCCCACGCGCCCCUCGUCCUCAUCUGGAACCUCGAGAGCGACGCCGACGCCUUCCACCGCGACCUCCGCGCCGCUUAUCAGGCCCACGACCUCGGCUCGCCGCAGUACUACCGCGGCUUGUGGCGCCAGAUGUUUGAGACCCCCGCGUAUCACGACCUCUUUGCAUCCAAGGAGGAACACCGGUUUGCGUGGGACGUGGGCAUCGACGAGGACGCCGUCGUCGCGCGUAUCAUGAGCAAGAGUUAUAUGACCAUGCUCGGGGACAAGCACGACGAGGUCGUCGCUCAGUUGCGACGCAUCAUUCGCCAGAGCGACAAAGAGUGGAUUGACCAGCCGAACGGCACAUUCAGAUACCGCUACAACACCGACGUCGUCGUCCUCCGCAAGCGCUAG